CGUGGCCAAAAAGUAAUGGAUAAUUCUGACCACAUUGCCCUUCCCUCUCACUAUAAAUACACCCCUUCUAUCCCUUCGGUUCUUCGCAACAUUUUCUCUUCUCAUUCACUUCGUAGCGAACCAAUUCCCUCUCUUCCAAGAUGCAAAUCUUCGUUAAGACCCUCACAGGAAAGACCAUCACCCUUGAGGUGGAGUCUUCCGACACCAUCGACAACGUUAAGGCUAAAAUCCAGGAUAAGGAAGGGAUUCCACCGGAUCAGCAACGAUUGAUCUUCGCCGGCAAGCAACUUGAGGAUGGCCGAACUCUUGCAGACUACAACAUCCAGAAAGAAUCAACUCUUCACCUUGUCCUAAGGCUUCGUGGUGGCAUGCAGAUCUUUGUAAAAACCCUUACCGGAAAGACAAUCACCCUUGAGGUGGAGUCUUCUGACACUAUUGACAACGUUAAAGCCAAGAUCCAGGAUAAGGAAGGAAUCCCCCCGGACCAGCAACGAUUGAUCUUCGCUGGAAAGCAACUUGAGGACGGCCGAACCCUUGCCGAUUACAAUAUCCAGAAGGAAUCAACUCUCCACCUCGUGCUCCGGCUCCGUGGUGGCAUGCAAAUCUUUGUCAAGACUCUUACCGGAAAGACUAUCACCCUCGAGGUGGAGUCCUCCGAUACCAUUGAUAACGUCAAGGCCAAGAUCCAGGAUAAGGAAGGUAUUCCCCCAGACCAGCAAAGACUGAUCUUCGCCGGAAAGCAGUUGGAAGAUGGACGAACACUUGCCGAUUACAACAUCCAGAAGGAAUCCACUCUUCAUCUUGUCCUCCGUCUCCGUGGUGGUAUGCAAAUUUUUGUCAAAACUCUCACCGGAAAGACCAUUACCUUGGAGGUUGAGUCUUCAGACACAAUUGACAACGUGAAGGCCAAGAUUCAGGACAAGGAAGGCAUUCCCCCAGACCAGCAGAGACUGAUCUUCGCUGGGAAACAGUUGGAAGAUGGCCGGACUCUUGCAGAUUACAAUAUCCAGAAGGAGUCGACCCUUCAUCUUGUGUUGCGUCUCCGUGGUGGUAUGCAGAUCUUCGUCAAGACUUUGACUGGGAAGACCAUUACCCUCGAGGUUGAGAGCUCUGAUACCAUUGACAACGUUAAGGCAAAAAUUCAGGAUAAGGAAGGCAUUCCCCCAGACCAGCAGAGGUUGAUCUUUGCCGGAAAGCAGCUGGAGGAUGGAAGGACUCUGGCGGAUUACAACAUUCAAAAGGAGUCCACCCUUCACCUUGUUCUUCGUCUGAGGGGAGGAAUGCAGAUCUUCGUGAAGACCUUGACGGGAAAGACCAUCACUUUGGAGGUGGAGAGUUCUGAUACAAUCGACAAUGUGAAAGCAAAAAUUCAGGACAAGGAGGGAAUUCCACCAGACCAGCAGAGAUUGAUCUUUGCCGGAAAGCAGCUGGAAGAUGGAAGGACCCUUGCUGAUUAUAACAUUCAGAAGGAGUCGACCCUUCACCUCGUCCUUCGUCUCCGUGGUGGCUUUUAAAUUGUUCUUCUGAAAGUGGAAUAUUUGGUUUGCGUGGAUGGCCAAUAUGUUUGUGGCCAUGUGGAUGAAUUUGGGAUCUUUUCUUUUUUUACUUCUGACGUAUGUUUUUAAAAGUUCUCUCUCAAGUUAGAAAUUUGAGGAGAACAUCAUUCUAUGUGAUGCAUAUGUAUAAUAUUAGUGGUUUCUAUUAAAUAAAUUGAAAGUUCUUUCUCUAA